CUGGCCUCUGUGUUCUUUUUCUCCACUUAGGUCUUAAGUGAAUGGUGCCUACCUGGGAUCGUUUUAAACUAUAGGCUUGGAUGGGGAUGACAAUCAUCUUAAUCUGAUUUUUUUUCUUUAGGAUGGCUCUCGUUACUUGGCAGAAAAUUCUUAAAGGACGUUUCUUGGAAAGGUUGUGAAAGCUUUGGCACUUUCCUCAGAACCUUUACUUAUAACUGUUUCAGUUUAGAGUGAAGUAGUUGACUUCUUCAAUUCUUCAGAGCUCCAGAUUUGGGACUGUGUGAAUUUAUUUGGUAGAUAGAGAGCAGUUCCCUUAGCAAAGCUGUAUUCCUUUCCAUCUCUGCAGACCUGUUCACCCUAGCCAGAGUCACAUCUCUCUUGCAGGACUUUGCUGAAAGAGGCAAGAUACAGCCCACACAUGCUAGCGUUCUGAAGUUCUACCACCUCUUUCUCUGAUACCUUAACCUCAGUUGGCAUGUGGUAUCACUGCCCAAAGCCCUACCUCCUCCACGAAGCCAAUUCCAUUUUUAAGAUCCUUUUAGUUGCUACACAUUACUCCUAGCUACCAAAUGUAGUUGCUACAGGUUAAGAUUCUUGGUUGUAGGUAAUGGAACCUUCUUAGCUAUUAAACAGAAUGGGAUUGUUAGGGGGAAUAGACGGCUCAUGGCAUCUUUGGGAGGGCUAAAAAAACAGAACUUAGGCUGAACUUCUAGGAACUGCAUCACAAGAGUGGGCUGCCAAAGAAGCUGCUGCUUUUGGAACAAUCAAGAAGCUGGCUGCCAGAUCAGGAAGCUACACCCUGGAUUAGGAAACCACUGAACAGUUGCCAGCUCCAGAACCACACCACUUCGGCCGUUCUUUGGUUCAGCAAAAAUGGAUACUUCGUGUCCUGCUUCUCUCCCCAUGUUACUCGGUUCUGAGUACAAGUUUCAACCAUGCAGUAAAUCAAGAAGAAAUUGAAAAAAGGCAGAGUUCGAUGACAAGCGUCAUCAUCUUCAUGCAUGCCCACUGUCCCACAGUCUGCAAAUGGCGUAACUGGCAUUUGAGUCCAGGUCUUCCUGUUGGUUUUCUGUAGAUUAUACUCUUUUUAAUGAUGUGAGGAAAAAAUUCAAAUAGGAUCAAUGAGACUACUAGAAUGCAAGAUGAUGGAGAAAGAGCUCACCCAGUCAGCAGCUUGUUUCUGGAGAAGGUGAAAGAUAAUGAAGAUAGACAUAUUUUGUGUAAGUCAACUGGGUUUUAUCCAGAGAACAUUAACAUAACGUGGAAAAGGUGGACCCAAAAGGAUCUUCAGUACCAAGAGGUUUCUGAGGGCAUCAUUACUGGUCCCACCGUCAAGAAUGAGGAUGUCACAUUUAAUGUUACCAGCUACUUGAGCCUGAGGCCCGCUCUGGAAGACAGUGUGACCAGCUACCGGUGCGUGGUAUGGCAUGGAUCCUUGCUCACAGGCCAGAGUUUCAACCUCACCCUGCCUCUGAUAGAAUCUGAGAAGAAAACUGACUUGAAGAUUGUUGGGUUAUGUAUUGGAUUGUUAUUUAUUGUGCUAAUCUUAUUAAUUUUAGUUUUCUUUGUAAAAGGUACUGGAUGGUCAUUCUUUUUGAUACUUUUUGAAGAAGAGACGAAAGCCUUCACCACCAGCCUGGAUUCUGUGGUGGUUUGCAGUGAUGGCUUCAAUCCUUCACCCUUCCCUAUGUCCAUGUCCGUUGUCAUGUAAUUGUGUGGUGUCCUCCAAUCAUGGGCUGCCCCUUAAACUUGGGGCAAUGUGACUUGCUCUGGCCAAUACGAUGAGACAGAAGUGAGUGUGCCAUUUCCAAGCCUACACCUUAAAUGGCCUUGUGUAUUUCCAUUUGCUUUCUUUUGUGCUUCUGAUAUUUGUGAGAGGAGGACACUUGCCCAAGGUAGCCUGCUGGAGGAUGAGAGACACCAGAAGCUGGAGCUAGUUGCUCUAGCAGAGGCCAGUCUAGAUCAGAUGACAGCUACCAGACAUAGAAGUAAAUCUAGCUAAGAUCAUCGUCAGCGCCAACAGAACCAGCUCUUAAAUGCAUGAGAAAUUAGUUAUUCUUUCAAAGCCACUGCUUUAUAGGGUGGCUUGUUACACAGUAAAAGCUGACUGAUAUAGCUCCUCAGGAAGUUGCAUUUUGACCCAAAAGCCACAGAGAUGUGCUGCUGAGACCUUCUUCAAGAGACAGCCUGCUGUGAAGAGUGUACUCAGCCACCGUGUUCCAGCUGUGGCAUCUCAGGGAUCUGCUGUAGCUUUCGAGCUUAUGCCAUGCUCUCCCUGCCUAGCCAAUGGCUGAGCACGGCAGGAAUCUUCGGAGUUCCCUGUUGUUCACUUUGGUGGCUGAGACUUUCUUGGAGAAGCACUGUCAUCUGAGACUCUUGCUACCCAGUCACCCCUUCUUCCUCCCUUCACAGAUACCAGACCUGCGUCAAAGCUUCAGUCAGAACUGUACACAUUUACUUCUCUCUGGUUUACCCUGGAGUAUCUUCCCUUCCCCAGUUAUGAUGGCAUUAUGAGAAAAACUGAUCAAAUGCAGUAAAGAGUACACAGAGGCAGGGCUACAUAAUAAACUGUGUAGUUGCAUAUGCA